GGUUCAACACUUAUCCACCUGUGACGAAUCUCCUUCAUCUAGCUCUUCCCCUAGAAACCUGCCCUUCCCCAUUCCCUCCCCUUACCUAUAUAUAAGAAGAGACAAUCUCAUGUUUCAUAGAUUCAAGCCUUGUCCCAACUAAAGAAUCACUUUUACUUAGUUUCUUCUUUCUCUCUCUCCCACCCUCCCUCUGCUACCCACCCACCCUAGCUCUUCUUUCUAUUUUCACUUUCAGCACUGCAGCUCUGAUGAUCCAGCCCUGCUAGGACACAGAUCCAUAAAGGUCAGCCCCACACCCUGAGCAGCUCAGAGGGAGGAGCCAGACCAGCAGUGCCUCAAGCCCUGCUUUUCUGCUCUGGACAGAUGGCUCCAUAACGACAGCUCCAUAAUGGCAGUGGGUGAGACCCUGGUGCACAUCAGGGUCACUCUUCUGCUGCUCUGGUUUAGGGUGUCUGUGUUCAUUUCUGGACACUCUCAGUCCAGGCCCUCCCAGCACCACUUCUCCCCAGAAUUGGUGAUCCCCUUGAAGGUGACUGGCAGCAGCAGAGGUGCAGAGGCUCCUGGCUGGCUCUACUACAGCCUGCGGUUUGGGGGCCAGAGACACAUUGUCUACUUGAAGGUCAAGAAGCUCUUGGUUUCCAGACAUCUGCCGGUGUUCACCUACACAGACCAGGGUGCCCUCCACCAGGAUCAGCCUUUUGUUCCUGAUGACUGCUACUAUCAUGGUUAUGUGGAGGGGGUCCCCGAGUCCCUGGUUGCCCUCAGUACCUGUUCUGGGGGCUUUCGAGGAAUGCUACAGAUAAAUGACCUUGCUUAUGAAAUCGAGCCAAUUAGGUUUUCUGCCACAUUUGAACACCUGGUCUACAAGAUAGACAACGAUGAUACACACUUCCCACCCAUGAGAUGUGGGUUAACAGAAGAGGAAAUAGCACGCCAAUUGAAGAUGCAAGAGUCGUAUAAUUCCACUCUGAUGCAAAGUUCUUAUACAGGCUGGUGGACUCACUUGCGGUUUCUUGAGCUGGUAGUGGUCGUAGACCAUCUUCGAUACGUUCACUCUGAAAGUAAUGUGUCAGUAGUGCAGUACGAAAUAUUUAAUGUCGUCAAUAUAAUGGAUAUCCUCUAUCGACCUCUCGAGCUUGAUGUAAUUUUGACUGGGAUGGAGAUCUGGAAUGAACGAAACCCAGUUGCCACAGAUGACAUAGAUAAGCUUGUGAUCGAUUUUGCUGUUUGGAAGUCUUUUCAACUUGAGGCCCGACUGCCACAUGAUGCUGCCCAUCUUUUCAUAAAAAAAUCAUUUGGCAUAAAGCUUGGUGUUGCCUACGUUGGAGGAAUAUGCCAGAGUCCUUUUAAUUCUGGAGUUGAUGUUUUCGAAGAUGAAAGUCUGUUUUCUUUUGCACUUGUUGUGUCCCAUGAGCUUGGUCAUAAUUUGGGUAUGGAGCAUGAUGAUCAAUGGUGUGUGUGUGCACUUCAGUGGUGCAUAAUGUAUCCCUCCAGACAGGUUACAAAUAAAUUCAGCAACUGCAGUUAUGCCCAGUACUGGGACAAUACUUUCCGCACUGGAUUAUGUAUUCACCCUCCUCCACGUCCAGGGAAUAUCUUUAGGGUGAAGUUUUGUGGGAACCUAGUGGUUGAAGAAGGAGAGGAGUGUGACUGUGGAACCACACACCAGUGUGUAAAUGAUCCCUGUUGUCUACUGAACUGCACUCUGAAGUCUGGAGCUGCUUGUGCUUUUGGGCUUUGUUGCAAAGACUGCAAGAUGAUGCCAUCAGGGACUUUGUGCCGACAACAGAUCGGUGAAUGUGACCUUCCAGAGUGGUGCAAUGGGACAUCCCAUCAGUGCCCAGACGACGUAUAUGUGCAGGAUGGGAUUCCCUGUAGUGACAGUGCCUACUGCUAUCAAAAGAGCUGUAAUAACCAUAACGGACAGUGCAGGGAGAUUUUUGGUAAAGAUGCAAGGAGUGCAUCUCAGAAUUGCUACCAGGAAAUCAACACCCAAGGAAAUCGAUUUGGUCACUGUGAUAUAAAAGGCACAGUAUACGUAAAAUGUAAUCCCUCUGAUAUCCUGUGUGGCAGAAUUCAAUGUGAAAAUGUGGGAGUAAUUCCUAAACUGAUAGGACAUUCUACAGUGCAUCAGGUUCACUUCAAUAACACCACUUGCUGGGGCACCGAUUAUCAUUUAGGGAUGUCCAUACCUGAUAUUGGUCAAGUGAAAGAUGGCACAGUGUGUGGUCCAGAAAAGAUGUGCAUCCGCAAGCAGUGUGUCGAUAUGGUUUUUCCUUCCCAUGACUGUAAGCCUGAGACCUGCAGCAUGAAGGGAGUCUGCAAUAAUAAACAGCACUGCCACUGCAACCGUGGAUGGGCACCUCCGUACUGCGAGCACAAAGGCAAUGGAGGCAGUGAUGAUAGCGGCCCACCUCCUAAGUACCAGAUGGAAGAGUUAGAAGUGCAGGAUAAGGUGGGUUACCUGUCAGUAUUGUGGCUUAUUCCUUUGAUUCUUUUAAUUUUAUUUUGCUGCCUUGUGCUUUAUAAGAAACACACAAAAGAGGAGGAGGGGGAAGAGGAAGAAGAGGAGAGGGAGGAAGAUGAGUAAAUCAAGAAGAAAAGGAAGACAAGCCUCCUUCGUUAAAAAUAUCUCUAGUUUUUCUUUUAAUAGUAGAGAAACAUUAGGGCAUGUCUGACUGUUUAAAGAAAACUUUAAGGAUCCCUCUGGCCAGGAUCAUAAACAUUCAUAUUACACCAAAGGAUUCCUAGGAUGCUCUCACUUACUCUUCGGUGUUUAAAGCAAUAUUAAAAGUGCAUUUUUUCUGGAAGCUGUCUCUUUAUUUUUCCUGAGCAAAGACACUUUUUUAAAAAUUGGAUUACAGUUGGCAUACAAUAUUAUGUUAGUUUCAGGCAUACAACAUAGCGAUUUGACAUUCAUGUACUUUACAAAGUGAUCCCCAUGAUAGGUCUAGUAACCAUGUGUCACCAUACGGAGUUAUUACAAUAAUAUCGACUCUAUUCCCUAUGCUGUACAUGACAUCCCCGUAACAUUUCAAGUUGGAGGUUUGUACCUCUUAAUCCCCUCAGCUAUUUUUCCCAUCUCCACACUCCCCUCCCCUUUGGUGACUACCAGUUUGCUCUUUGUAUCUGUGAGUUUGUUUUGUUUUAUUUGUUCCUUUGUUUUCUUUUUUAGAUUCCACAUAUAAGUGAAAUCAUAUGGUAUUUGUCUUUUUCUGUCUGGCCUAUUUCACUUAGCAUAGGUCCAUCCAUGUUGUCGCAAAUGGCAAUAUUUCAUUCCUUUUUAUGGCUGAGUAAUAUUCCAUUGUAUAUGUAUACCACGUCAUCUUUAUCCGUUCAUCUGUCGAUGGAAACUUAGGUUGCUUCCAUGUUUUAGUUCUUGUAAGUAAUGCUGCAGUGAACAUAGGGGUGCAUAUAUCUUUUCGAAGUAGUAUUUUCAUUUUUUUUUGGAUAAAUCCCCAGAAGUGGAAUUGCUGGAUCAUGUGAUAGGCCUGUUUUAAAUUUUUUUGAGGAACCUCCAUACGGGUUUUCCGUAGUGGCCUCACCAGUCAGUGUACAUUCCCCUCAACGGUGCAGGAGGGUUUGCUUUUCUCUAUAUCCUCACCAACAGCUGUUAUUUGUUGUCUUUUUGAUAAUAGCCAUUCUGACAGGUGUUAGGUGAUAGCUCAUUGUGAUUUUGAUUUGCAUUUCUCUGAUGAUCAGUGAUGUUGAGAAUCUUUUCACGUGUCUGUUGGCCAUCUGUAUGUCUUCUUUGGUAAAACGUCUAUUCAGAUCUUCUGCCCAUUUUUUAGAUCAGAUUUUUUUUUAUAUUGAGUUGUCUGAAUUCUUUAUAUAGUUUGGAUAUUGAACUCUCAUUGGAUAUAUCAUUUCAAAUAUCUUCCCCCAUUCAGUAGGUUGCCUUUGCAUUUUGUUGAUGGUUUCUUUCACUGUGCAAAAGCUUUGUAGUUUGAUGAAGUCCCAUUUGUUUAUUUUUGCUUUUGUUGCCCUUGUCUGAGAAGACAUAUCCAAAACUAUGCUGCUAAGACUGAUAUCAAAGAGUUUACUGCCUAUGUUUUCUUCUAGGAGUUUUAUGAUUUCCGAUGUGACAUAUGAGUCUUUAAUCUAUUUUGUGUUAAUUUUUGUAUGUGGUGUUAAGAAAGUGGUCCAGUUUCAUUCUUUUGCAUGUA